AAACAAAUCAAAUCAACUCAUCUGCUCUAACCUCAGCUCAGCUUCCUUCUCUUUUCUAGGCGCCAUGGAUCUGGUGUUGGUUGAGAAGGCGUUACUCGGCCUCUUCGCGGCGGUGACUCUCGCCAUCGUCGUCUCUAAGCUCAGCGGGAAGAAGCUCAAGCUCCCGCCAGGGCCCCUUCCGGUGCCGAUCUUCGGCAACUGGCUCCAGGUCGGCGACGACCUCAAUCACCGCAAUCUCGCAUCCCUGGCAAAGAAGUUCGGCGAUAUCCUUCUCCUCCGAAUGGGCCAGCGCAAUCUCGUUGUCGUCUCGUCGCCGGAUCAUGCCCGUGAGGUCCUCCACACUCAGGGAGUCGAAUUUGGUUCCCGAACUCGCAACGUCGUCUUUGACAUCUUCACUGGAAAGGGUCAGGACAUGGUCUUCACUGUAUACGGCGAGCAUUGGCGGAAGAUGCGCCGCAUAAUGACCGUCCCCUUCUUCACCAACAAGGUCGUGCAGCAAUACCGCUAUGGGUGGGAAGAUGAGGCCGCAAGCGUCGUUGAGGAUGUCCGUAAAAACCCUAAGUCGGCCACCGAGGGGGUUGUGAUCCGCCGCCGCCUGCAACUCAUGAUGUACAACAAUAUGUACCGCAUCAUGUUCGACCGAAGGUUUGAGAGCGAGGACGAUCCCCUUUUCAUGAAGCUGAGGGCCCUUAAUAACGAGCGGAGUCGCCUCGCGCAGAGCUUCGAGUACAACUAUGGAGAUUUUAUCCCCAUUCUCCGGCCGUUCCUGAGGGGAUAUCUCAAGAUCUGCAAGGAUGUGAAAGAUGUGCGACUCAACCUAUUCAAGAACUAUUUCGUUCAGGAGAGGAAGAAAUUGUCGAGCACGAAGCCGAUGGAUAACGCCGGACUCAAGUGCGCCAUCGAUCAUAUACUGGAUGCGGAAAAGAAGGGCGAGAUUAACGAGGAUAACGUUCUCUACAUCGUCGAAAACAUCAACGUUGCUGCAAUCGAGACAACUCUAUGGUCGAUCGAGUGGGGCAUCGCCGAGCUAGUAAACCACCCGGAAGUCCAGCGCAAGCUCCGCGAAGAACUCGACACCGUCCUUGGCCGCGGCAACCAAAUCACAGAGCCCGACACCCACAAGCUCCCCUACCUCCAGGCCGUCAUAAAAGAAACUCUCCGGCUUCGCAUGGCCAUCCCUCUCCUCGUCCCCCACAUGAAUCUCCACGACGCCAAGCUGGGAGGCUACGAAAUCCCCGCCGAGAGCAAGAUCCUCGUCAACGCCUGGUGGCUCGCCAACAACCCCGCCCAAUGGAAAAACCCCGAUCAGUUCCGCCCCGAGCGGUUCCUCGAAGAGGAGUCAAAAGUUGAGGCCAACGGCAACGACUUCCGCUUCAUCCCCUUCGGCGUCGGCCGCCGCAGCUGCCCUGGCAUCAUCCUCGCCCUCCCUAUUCUCGGAAUCACUCUCGGCCGCCUCGUCCAGAACUUUGAGCUCCUGCCGCCGCCGGGUAUGGAGAAGCUCGAUACUUCUGAGAAAGGAGGGCAGUUCAGUCUCCAUAUACUUAAGCAUUACACCGUCGUCGCCAAGCCCAGGGAAUUCUAAUGUAAUGAGGAUGUUUUGGAUUCUGUUAAGUUAUGAUUCUGUAUUGCUUUGCUUUAAAUUUUUUAAAUGAUUGGAGGAAGGAGUUGGUUUGAUUUGUUCUUUCACAAUCUGUUCGAUGGUGGGCGUGGUGGGAAUGGGGGGAUGAUCAUUGGCAUGUAAAGUAUGGCCAAUUUAAAUAAGAUUAUAAUUUUGUUACACGAAA